AUGCCCCUCACAAACGCCAUCCACGAGUCCCUUCCCUACAUCGACAGCGAGCCCACCCCCUCCGAACGCUCCGCAGCCCUCGCCCUGAUCCUCGCCGAAGCAGACGCACUCACCACCACCACACCAGCCAACCCGCACCCCUCGCAGCCCGCGCUCCCGCCCUCGAACCUCUCCCCGCUGAUGCAAGCCGAGCACGCACGCAUCGAGUCCCAAAAGCCCCUGGCAGCAAUAACCACAGCCCACUACGAAGAACUCGACGCGCCCUCCUCCCCCUCCCCCAACCCGGACAAGAACAACAACAACAACAACAGCAAAGAGAUCCAAACCGCCUGGCUCACCGCCCUCUCCCAAUCCGCCACCGCCUCCGCCCACCUCACGCACCGCCUCGCGAACCUGCACCUCCUCGAGCUCUACGGCCGGCCCGCGUGGCUGGCCGGCAACCAGCAGCUGGAGGCCGUCCUGCGCGCGCUGGAGCGCGAGCUCGAGGUCCGCAAGGCGGAGAUCGACGCAUGCGUGGUGGAGCGGAGGGCGGCGCAGGAGGGCGUCGCGGGGGAGCUGAGGGGCCUGGAUGAGGCGUGGCGGAGGGGCGUCGGGAGGGUUUUGGAGACUGAGGUCGCGGCCGAGGGGCUGAGGAGGGAGGUUUUGGAGAAGAGGCGUGGAGGUGCGAUGUGA